AUGGAAGUCGCGCAGGAUGGCGCCAGAAUUCCCAUCUCCUCUUCCCCGCGGAUCAAGUCCUCAGCUAAGAGUCCCGGGGACAACUCUGGACGCGAACAGCAUGUCGAUAUAAAUGAUGCGGAAGCACCAUUUCCUCAGCCAGUGCGCGGAGGUCUACAUCGUGGCCUGUCUGCACGACAAGUACAAAUGAUCGCAAUUGCUGGUACCAUUGGAACUGGACUCUUCCUAGGCACCGGAAGAUCCCUUGCUCAAGGUGGUCCUGCCAGCAUACUGAUUUGCUAUGGCAUAGUGGGGUUCGUUGUAUACGUGACGCUAUUGCUGCUAGGGGAGAUGGCUACACAGUACCCAGUGGCCGGGUCGUUUAACGCUUAUGCGACGCGCUUUUUUUCGCCGUCUUAUGGUUUCGCGCUGUCGUGGAAUUAUUGGUUCAAUGAUGCAGUGUCUGUUGCUUCUGAUCUUACUGCUGCUCAGCUGGUGUUACAAUUCUGGACAACGUCACAUCCUUGGGUGGUUAGCCUGCUCUUUUGGGUGUUCCUUGUAUCAAUCAACGCCUCUCACGUCAAAGCUUACGGAGAAUUGGAGUAUUGGCUUUCAUUCCUGAAGGUCGCUACCAUCGUGAUCUUCAUUGUCGUUGGCAUCCUCGUUAAUGUCGGCGUCAACAAGUCCCAUACCUACAUCGGAACACACAAUUGGCACAUUCCUGGCGCUCCAUUCGUUGGUGGCUUUGGUGGCUUUGCCAAGGUUUUUGUGACAGCUAGUUUCGCAUACGGUGGAACAGAAAGUCUAGGUAUCACCGCAGGAGAAACGAAGAACCCUUCACAAAACAUGCCAAAGGUUGUCAAGUUUGUGUUCUGGAGAAUUCUGUUGUUCUAUAUCUUGAGCAUCCUGCUCAUCGGUUUGAACGUGCCAUGGGAUUACCCGAAUCUGUCGAAUAAAACGACCACUACAUCCCCUUUUACGAUUGUAUUUACUCUGGCUGGUUCAAAUGUAGCCGCAUCAUUUAUGAAUACCGUCAUCCUCACCUCUGUUUUAUCUGCCGGUAACCACGCUCUUUUCGCGGGAACAAGAGUUCUGUACGGCCUAUCUGUUGUUGGCCCCAUCCCUCACGCACCUCGUAUAUUUUCUCGGACCACUCGAGCAGGUGUCCCUUUGUACGCGCUGCUUGCGACCAGUAGCAUUAGCGUGCUCUGUUUAGCCAGCAGUUAUAUUGGCAGCGGCCAGCUGUGGGGAUGGUUGCAAAAUAUUGUUGGAGUCUCAAACCAGAUUGCCUGGUUAUCAAUUGGAUUGGCCAGUUGGAGAUUCAGGAAAGCCUGGAUCAGACAGGGUCGGUCUUUAGACGAAAUGAAGUUUCGAGCGUCGUGGACUUGGCCAUGGGGUCCUUACUUUGUUAUUAUCACAGUGAUCGCCCUGAUCUUGAUCCAAGGAUGGUCCUCUAUAAUCCCCACAUUCUCACCAGUAGAUUUCGUCUCCUAUUACAUCGAGAUACCCGUCAUGGUUGUCAUGGGCCUCUGUUGGGUCAUUGCUAAGAAUACUUUCAUAGACUCUACACCAGUUCCAGGUAACGCCCCUCUGGAUCCCCCUAAUGAGACGACCUCUCUGAUACCCUAUGACACUGAAACCCGAGAAGCUCAUCACAAGUGGACGUCCGACAUUGUGGACAUCCGAACGAUUGAUCUGUAUAGUGACGAAUAUGCCGACGAACCCUUGGAUGAAGUAAAUGAUGAAACAGGAGGGAAAAGGUUUCUAUUUUUUUGGAGGUUGUAUGAUAUGCUGGCUUAGAUCCCACGUUUGUACCGAUAUCACUUUGCGUUGUAUAAUCCAUAAUGUAUAUC